GAGGUGUGUUUGGGUGGAGACCAGUGAUCGGCCGCAGGCAGGUCCUCCAUUCCAGGAUGGGAUACAGACUGAGUGCUGGCACCGCACAUCACUCCGACCCCAGCAGCAUCUUCAUCAUGGGCACCGUGGGCAAGAAGAAGGACACCCAUAGACCUACUCAUGGCUGCACCACAAUCCCCAAACUGGCUCUGGAGCUGAAGCAAAUCAUCCACUGCACAUCCCAUCCCAAACUACAUACCGUCGCUCCUUUACGAGUGAUGAUGCCACUGGGGCAACUUGCUAAAGGAGCCAGCUUGGACGACCUCAUACACAUGUGCAUCCAAACCUUCGAUAAUGAUGGGAAUGUGCGUGAGAGCAGCGAGCUCCUGCAGGUUAUGAUCACCAUGCACGGGUUCCUGAUCCCCUCCUCAGACCUUCUCACCAAACUCAGGACACUAUAUCAGGAUGCUCUGGGGAAGAGAGCCAUGCCCUUCUGCCUCAAGAUCUGUUACUUUAUAAGAUAUUGGAUCAGUGAGCUCUGGAUAAUGUUUAAGACGGAUUCCAAACUAACCAAAACUAUGGAGGAGUUCCAGGAGCUGGUGAGAGCACAAGGAGAAGAAUCCCACUGGGGCUUGCUUGACACAGCGCAGAUAAACUCUCGUGAUUGGUCGCGUAAACUCACUCAGCGAAUAAAACCCAACUGCAGCAAGAAGAGGAAAGUAUCUCUGCUGUUUGACCACCUGGAGCCGCAGGAGCUGGCGGAACAUCUGACCUACCUGGAGUUUAAGUCUUUCCGAAGGAUCUCUUUCUCUGAUUAUCAGAACUACAUUGUCAAUGGUUGUGUAAAAGAUAAUCCGACCAUGGAACGUUCCAUCGCUCUGUGUAAUGGAAUCUCUCAGUGGGUCCAACUAAUGGUUUUGAGCCGGCCAACUCCACAGCUCCGUGCCGAGGUCCUCACCAAAUUCAUUCACGUGGCCCAGAAACUUCAACAGCUACAGAAUUUCAACACACUGAUGGCUGUCAUCGGAGGCUUGUGCCACAGCUCUAUCUCCAGGCUCAAGGAGACCAGCUCACACGUGUCUCACGAGGUCAGCAAGGUCCUUAACGAGAUGACAGAGCUGCUGUCUUCCUGCAGAAAUUAUGACAAUUAUAGAAGAGUAUAUAACGAGUGCAGCAACUUCAAGAUUCCCAUUCUCGGCGUGCACUUGAAGGACCUCAUCUCAUUGUAUGAAGCCAUGCCAGACUUUCUGGAGAAAGAGAAGAUCAAUGUGCCCAAGCUCCAUUCUCUGUAUAGUCACAUCAAUGAGCUUGUCCAGUUGCAGAACAUUGCUCCUCCGUUGGAUGCCAACAUGGACCUGGUGCAUCUCCUUACACUUUCCCUUGAUUUAUAUUACACAGAAGAUGAAAUGUAUGAGCUAUCGUACGCACGGGAGCCAAGGAACCACCGGGCACCGCCCGUCACACCAUCUAAGCCGCCGGUGGUGGCCGACUGGGCAUCUGGAGUCUCUCCUAAACCAGACCCCAAGACCAUAAGCAAACACGUUCAGAGGAUGGUGGAUUCUGUCUUUAAGAACUAUGACCUGGAUCAGGAUGGAUACAUAUCUCAGGAAGAGUUUGAGAAGAUAGCUGCCAGCUUCCCUUUCUCCUUCUGCAUAAUGGAUAAAGACAGGGAAGGUCUAAUCAGCAGGCAAGAAAUCACUGCAUACUUCAUGCGAGCUAGCUCCAUCUGCUCCAAACUUGGCCUGGGAUUUCUCCAUAACUUUCAGGAGACAACAUACCUGCGCCCGACCUUCUGUGAUAACUGUGCCGGCUUUCUAUGGGGUGUGAUCAAACAAGGAUACCGCUGCAAAGAUUGCGGGAUGAAUUGCCACAAACAGUGCAAGGAGCUCGUGGUGUUUGAAUGCAAGAAGAGAUUGAAAUACUCUACAGGGGACGGCAGCUCGCUACCUGACAACGCACAGCCGGGCGCCUUCCUGUCAGCCAGCAAAGGGUCUACAUCUGACUGCUUAGGAGUUGACGGAGACUCCUUUUCUUAUGUAAACGGAGAAGAUAAUGACCACAGUGAGGUGAGCAAGGACCGCACGAUCAUGCUGAUGGGAAGUUCAGCUCAGAAGAUCUCUGUACGACUUCAAGCUGCUGUCAAACACAGAGCCACCCAGACAGAGCCUGAAACAAGAAGUCCGUGUCUGCAGGUUCCCUCCCCACCCCAAAGUCUGAGACCCGAGCCCACGUACCUGUUACUGUCCAGCCCCAACCCAUCCCCCUGCCCCAGUCCCGUUCCCAUUCGAAAGAGGGCCUGCGCCAAAUGGGAAAACAAAGACUCGAUUCGCAAGGCCAAGGAGGAGGGGAGAGGAGUCAAAACCGCUGCUCAGGAGCUGGAACAGGAGAAGACUUUUCUGAAGGAGGAAAACACAGCCUUGAAGAUCCAACUGAAAGAUGCUCAGAGACGAAUUGAAACUCUGCGGGCAGAGCUCAGGAAAUAUGUUCUAGACGGCGAACCCCACGGAAAGUGAUCCUUCCUACGAGGAUUGGUGAGAUCGCACAUCGGUGUCCGUCAACCGCGUCAACAAAACUUAGCUUGAAGGCUAGAUGUGUAGCUAUUGUGACGUCGUGUGUUUGUAUACAUGUAACUGCUGUUUCUGGCCUGGAUAUCCAAGGCCACCUACUCUCGACACGGUUACAAGAGACAGUAUUUCACAUACUUUCCAUGUAUUCUGUGAGCAAAUAGGCCAGGGGUGGCCCUUGCCUCGGCUAGCGCAGUGGUUGCCGACUGUAUCCGUCUAUUUAUCGGGUAGGAGCUGCUCCAUGGGCAGGCAAUUCAGUUCUCGGAC